AUGUCAAAAAUUGUUAUUGUUGGCUCAUGCAUGAUUGAUUUUACUUGCUUUUCCUCUCGUUUUCCAAAACCUGGGGAAACAAUAAUUGGUAGAAAAUUUGAGGUAAAAUAUGGUGGUAAAGGUGCUAAUCAAUGUAUAGCAGCUGCCAGGCUUGGUGCAACCACAGCAAUCAUUGCUUCUUUAGGUUCUGAUAAUUAUGCUCAAGAAUACUUAAAGAUUUUUAAGAAGGAAAACGUAGAUGCUUCUCACGUUCAAAUACAAACAAAUAUACAUAGCGGAAUAUCACAUAUAACAGUUAUCGACAGUGGCGAAAACAGUAUCAUAACUGUAUUAGGAUCCAAUAAUUUAUUAAGUCGCAAUCAUAUAGAUAACUCGAUAAAUUUAAUCAAGAAUGCUUCCGUUUUAUUGUGUCAAUUUGAAAUACCUUUGGAAAUUACUUUACACGCCUUGAAGCUUCACAAAAAUUAUGGUCUAUCAAUUGUAAAUGGAGCACCUGCUAUGAAAAAUAUUGACGUGGAAUUGUUGAAACUCUGUGAUAUAUUCUGCGUUAAUGAACUCGAGGCAGAAGUUACGAGUGGGAUAUCCUUCGACGGAAAAUUGAGUAUAGAACAUAUUAUGAAUAAAUUGUUGGAUAUGGGUUGCAAUACAGUUAUUAUUACUCUUGGUAAACAAGGAGCAAUAUAUGCAUCUCAGAAGGAUAGAACUGUUAAAAAAGUCUUGACUGCUACUGUUCAACCUAUGGAUACAACAGGAGCUGGAGAUUCAUUUCUAGGAGCUCUUGCAUAUUUUAAAGCUUAUCAUCCAACACUUUCAAUGGACGAGUGUAUCCGAAGAUCUUGUAUCAUUGCUACAAAAUCCGUAUUAAAAUUUGGUACACAUGCAAGUUUUCCGCACAAGAGAGAUUUAUCGCCAGAUUUGUUCAUUUAAAAUAAUAAAAUAAUAUAUACUUUAUAUGAACGAUA